AUGCAGAAACAUUGAUUCUUGAUUCCUGCCAUGGCCACACCAAAUGGAACUCUGGUCUACCCAGCAUGCUUCCUGCUGGUGGGCAUCCCUGGCCUGGGCCUGGGACCUAAUGUCCACUUUUGGCUGGUUUUCCCACUGUUGGCCACCCUGGGCAACCUGGCCAUUGUCCUCAUCAUCCGUGUGGAAAGGUGCCUUCAUGAGCCCAUGUACCUCUUCCUGGCUGUGCUUUCUAGCAUUGACCUAGUCCUCUCCUCCAUUACUAUGCCCAAGAUGGCCAGCCUCUUCCUGACGGGCGAGUUCAACGUCUGUCUGGCCCAGCUGUUCCUUAUCCAUGCUCUGUCAGAUGAGUCAGCUGUCCUGCUGGCCAUGGCGUUUGACCACGUUGUGACCAUCUGCCACCCACUGCGGCAUGCUUCUGUGCUCCCAGGGCCUACGGUCACCACGGUCACCAAGAUCUGACUAGCUGCCCUGACCAGAGGAUUUGUAUUCUUCUUCCCCCUGCCCUUCAUCCUGAAGCAGUUGUCGUACUGUCAAACAUACACUGUCACACACUUCUUCUGUCUGCCCCAAGAUAUUAUGAAGCUAUCCUGUACUGACACCACGGUCAGUGUGGUGUACAGGCUCUUCAUCAUCCUCGCGGUCAUGGACGUUGACUCUCUCUUCCCAGGCUUCUCCUGUAUCCUCAUUCUGAGGGCAGUGUUGGAGCUGUCCUCUCGGGGGGCAGCACUCAAGUCUUUCAACACCUGCAUCUCCCAUCUCUGUGCUGUGCUGGUCUUCUAUGUGCCCCUCAUCAGGCUCUCGGUGGUACACAGGCUGGAUGGCCCCACUUCCCUUCUCCGUGUGAUUACGGCUAAUAUCAUCUAUCUACUACUACCACCCAUGGUUAACCCUAUAGUCUAUGGAGCCAAAACCAAGGAGAUUCAUUCACAGGGCCUCCAUACGUUCUUACAGGACGGCAGGUGA